AUGCUCCUAUUGUGUGAGGACUUGUCACCGCAUCGCAUUGCAAUCCUAAUACUUAUUAAAUCGGUGGUGUCUCAAAGUCCGAAAGUAAAGCUUCCUUUACUUCCACUCAUCCAGCUUCUCGAGAAUGAUAAGAGUCUGCUAGCCCCUGAGAGCACGGUGCAAAUGAUGCCUACCGUUAAUGAUUUGCUCAAUAUUAUCGAUUCUAAUGAAUUGAAGAACGUUCUCAGCUCACAGCUUUGGCUGAUUAUGACGCCUGAAGACCUAGAUGCUCAAAUCAGGUCGGCGUUCGAUUUGAUCGUGUCUGAUCAGGUGUAUACCUCGAACGGUAAGAUUCAGAUUAACAAGGUCAGUAUAAUGGGAAAAUAUAUCAGCAUGAUAUUUCAGGCAUUCAAAGUGCUCAAAUUUGACGAGAUGGCUGUUUUGUUUGAUGCUUUUGUCCAAUACCGUGCGCCUUUACCCCCCCCAUCGUUAGUGAAUGCAAAGCUGAAUCAAAAUAAUCCUUUGUUUAAUACUCUCACAACUCACUUGAUUGACCUUGGUAUUGGGUCCUCGAAGCCGGAGGAGGUGAUCUCUGUCCCAAAACAUGACUUUGAAACCUUGAUCAGCAACCAAAUAUACUUGCUUGAAAAGUAUGGCACUCCAACACCAGCAAAACUAAAGGUCGUCAUGGAGCUGAUGUCUAAUCCUGAAGUUGGGCUGAUUGGGAAUUCAAAUUUUUUGAAUCUUCCUCAAUAUCAUUAUCUCCGAUUUCUCGAAGCUCUUCUCGUUCGCGAUUACCACCUUGCACAGAACUCACUUCACCAAUAUUUCGACUACAUGGUUGCGAAUAAUUCGAAACAUUAUUAUCAUUAUGCGCUCAUCCUGAAGGCCCUGUUUCACGAAGACUUUGGAGAGGAUGAACAAGCAUUGGAUACUAUUGAGGAAGCAAUUCUGAUAGCUCGCGAGAACAAAGAUAAUCAUGCACUUACCUAUAUUCUCCUGUGGCUCUACAAUUUUAUGAAAAACAAACCUCAACUUUGGCUGCGGCAACGAUUUUACAAUGCCACCAACGAUCAACAGCUCCUAGAGGUGCUUUUGAAAAAGCUGAAAAAUGAAGUUCCAUUACAUACGGUUGCUUACACCUACGAGGCAGCACAAAAUAUGUCGAAAGGAAAUCUCCAUGACUACAUGGAACUGAUCCUAAAAGGAAAUUUUGUUGGUCUAUAUGCAACGUCAUCGCAGCCUUUUUUCAUCCUGACAAAUAUGGCAACGUCUGUGUGGAGACAAGUGGGCUAUUUGGCUGUUGCUGAGGUUUACAGUGACCUUUCGCAACGCGCCAUUAGUUGUACCAAAGAUGCCGUAAAUUUUCAUUGUCAACAGUACUACUUGAACUACAUAAGUGGUGAAGAUGAGUCAGCCUUGAGCGACAUGGCUAUAUUGCUGGAGCGCUUCAAAGACCACCCAUCAUUCAAUCACAUUCAAGUGCGCCGUCUUCUCCUCGAAAUGGAUGCCUACAUAAGGAGAGGGAGAUAUAGAGUUGCUCGCCAAAUAUAUCAUCAACUCGAAAGUAGUCCCAUUCACGAUUACGAGAUGGAAGUCGAGAUCUUGAUUAUGGAAAUAUCCCUUCUAAUUGCAGAAGGCAAUUUCUCCAAAGCCGUGGUGAAGAUCACCAACAGAUUGAACACAAGUGUUUCCUUAAGCAGCUACCACAAACUCAAGCUUCAGAUUUUGAAAUGUCUGGUAUUUUCCAAAACCGAGAAUCAUAUUAAGGGAGUUACCCUUUUACUUCGUCAGAUAACUGCUGCUAAAAAAUUUGGCUUCUUAGGCCUUAUGGUGGAGGCGCUGCUUAUUCUUGCCAAAAAUUUAACAGCUGUGGGCUAUCAUAGGGAUUCUUAUGGUGUGCUAUGUCAAGUGAUGCCACUAGCUUUAUCCCUAAAUCUUCAUCACCUUCAAAUUCAGGGCUACUUAGAGUUGGCGAAAGUCUGUUGUAAAAUGUAUCAGCAACUGGCUUGCAAGCUUGGGCGAGUCUUGAAGUUUCUUAAUUUGGCGAUCGUGGGGUUCAAGAAGGAAGUGGCAUUAGUGCCCUUAACCGAGUGCUUCAAGUUGGAGAAGGAAGUCGCUGAGAUUUAUGGAGAUGAGGAAUUGCUCCAGCAUGCAAACUUAGGGCUUCAGAAGUUGGCUCUCCGAGUCAAGGAAGAAAAAUUUUGUGGUUAUGAGAAUGACUGUGCGCCUUAUCGAAAGCGCGAUUGA